UCAAACUGAGUGCCACAAUUCAAAUUGAAAGUCAUCAUUCUCUCCAAUUUUUUGUUUUUAAUUUUAUAAUUUAUAAAAUCCAUCUGCAUCAGAAUCUUUCCAGCAGUAUCAGCAUAGUGUGCUGAUACAACUGGACUUGGAAUUGCUAAUAUUCAAACCGGAAACGAGGAAAAAAAAAAUUUGAUCCCUGGUUGGAGGAAGAAGAAAGACAUCUGCAUUACCCUUUGGAUGGUUUAUGCACUCAUAUCUUCGAUGGAAAGAUCAGUCGAAGGAAGAAAUUUCGAAACUUGAUGUGUAUGGAGAAUCGCUUGGACAAAUUUGCUUUAUUCGGUUCCUUCCGCCCUGCCCUCCUAUGUGUGUAUAAAUAUGGAAUAAUUUUGCCAGCAGUCAAUGCCACUGCGAUGAAGUUAAUUUAGAAUGGUUAGAUGGACUAGAACACACCAACUAAUCCAAAGCUUUGCCAGCUUAUUCUAAGAAUUGUUUGCCAUACAUUUGAACUCGUCAAAGUAUCCAUGCAAAAUGUUUAUCUAUCUCAAUUGGAGGAACAAAUCUCUCUACAAUAAUGAACUCCAGAAAAUUACAGCCACACACCUUCAUAAUGAAACUUUUCUGGCUUGCUGCGAUAGUUACCAUCGCCUUGGUGGUGAAUGUAUCGGCUGAAGAGAAAUAUACCACCAAAUAUGACAACAUUAAUAUCGAUGAAAUCCUCAACUCUGAACGUCUCUUCAAGAAUUAUCACAAUUGUCUGGUGGACAAAGGUAGCUGUACCCCUGAUGUGCGUGAAUUGAAAAAGGAUCUACCCGAUGCCCUUCAAACUGAGUGCAGCAAAUGUAGCGAUGUUCAAAAGAAGACCGCCGAUAAGGUUAUCAAGUUUAUUCGUGAAAAUAAGAAAGACGAGUGGAAGGAAUUGAUUGAGAAAUAUGAUCCUGAACAUAAAUACGAGAAGAGAUACGAAGCAAAUCAUUCACAAAAUUGAAAACACCAAACCAAAUCAUGGGCCAGGAGGAGUUACUUUAAUUUGCUUGAGCAUAAUUUGCUGCUACUGCUGUUUAAAAAUGUUUGUUAUGAAAUGUAAAAACCACAAAUCUGACGGCCUUAUUCACAAAACUUAAUGUAGGUUUGAAAUAGGUUUAUUGGAAAGAUGUCCUUUAUAGAACUGUCAAAUAAUGCUUAAGUUUUGUGAAUAAGGUCGUAAAUAUAUAACCAUGGAAUAUUAA